AUGGAAAGGGAGGGGACACAGAAGCAAAUAUUGCAACUCGGCGAUCUGUUAACCGAACGAGACUUCGAACUAGCUAGAGUAGAAGGUCAGAGGUGUAGAUUCAAAAGAGCCUUCCAGCAGACUCUACAACAAGUACAGGCGCUGAAGUUUAAAAAGGAAGCGUUAGAGAAACGGAAGUUGAUUUAUAAAUCGAUGAUCCUCCACUUAAGCCAGCUAUACGACAUCUUGAAAGCAGAGAUGGAGAAGCUGCGGAGAGAAAGGGAUGAGCUCAAAGCGAUAUGCCUGAAGGCACAGGAAAAAAGACAAGUGAUGGAGAAAAAGUUAAAGGAGAUGGAGCACUUUAAGAGCAAGGUCAGGCGAGCAGUCGAAGAAUGCAGUGUCAAAAAUUCGGAUUUCCGUGAAGAAUUAAAGAAAGUGCUUGACGAAUUGGACUAA